UUGCGGCGUUUGUAGUGUGGACUCUUAAAUGCUGUUGUCUUGACUAAAACGUUUAAGCAAAGCUUUGAUCAUUUGAAAAGCACAGACAACGACCGUCUCAGAGGAAUAUUUAAUUUCACCAACAUAUAUAAAUUGCACGGAAUUAAAAAUGUCAAGGAGACGACACAGCGAUGAAAACGAUGGGGGACAGUCCCAUAAAAGACGAAGAACAUCGGAGCCCAUCGAAAUCGAGGAUCGCUUGGAGUCACUGAUAUGCAGAGUGGGAGAAAAGAGCACCUCCUCUCUGGAGAGUAACCUGGAAGGGCUGGCUGGUGUGCUGGAGGCCGACCUGCCAAAUUACAAGAGCAAGAUCCUUCGAAUCCUGUGUGCAGUUGCGCGGCUGCUUCCUGAGAAGCUGACUGUGUACACGACCCUUGUGGGCCUGCUCAACGCCAGGAACUACAACUUCGGGGGGGAGUUUGUGGAGGCCAUGAUUCGGCAGCUCAAAGAGACCCUCAAGUCCAACAUGUACAAUGAAGCUGUGUACUUGGUGCGGUUCCUAUGCGACCUGGUGAACUGCCAUGUGAUUGCAGCCCCCUCCAUGGUGGCCAUGUUUGAGAAUUUUGUCAGUGUCAUUCAAGAGGAAGAUGUGCCUCAGGUGCGUUGCGACUGGUACGUGUAUACGGUGCUGUCCUGUCUGCCCUGGGUGGGGAAGGAGCUGUACGAGAAGAAGGACGUGGAGAUGGACCGGCUGCUCAACCAAAUCGAGGGCUACCUGAAGAGACGGCAGAAGACUCACCUCCCCAUGCUACAGGUCUGGACUGCUGACAAGCCCCACCCACAGGAGGAGUACCUGGACUGCCUGUGGGCUCAGAUUCAGAAGCUGAAGAAGGACCGCUGGCAGGAGCGGCACAUCCUGCGGCCGUACAUCGCCUUCGACAGCGUGCUCUGCGAGGCCCUGCAGCACAACCUGCCCCCCUUCACCCCGCCGCCCCACAUGGACGACGCCGUCUACCCCAUGCCCCGUGUCGUCUUCCGCAUGUUCGACUACACCGACGCCCCCGAGGGCCCCGUCAUGCCAGGCAGCCACUCAGUGGAGAGGUUUGUGAUCGAAGAGAACCUCCACUGCAUUAUCAAGUCUCACUGGAGGGAGAGGAAGACCUGUGCCGCCCAGCUUUUGAGCUAUCCAGGGAAAAACAAGAUCCCCCUCAACUAUCACAUUGUGGAGGUGAUCUUCGGAGAGCUCUUCCAGCUGCCCUCCCCACCCCAAAUUGACGUCAUGUACACUACCCUGCUGAUCGAACUGUGCAAGCUGCAGCCAGGCUCCUUGCCCCAAGUUCUCGCCCAAGCCACAGAGAUGAUGUACAUGCGCCUGGACACCAUGAACACAACCUGUGCAGACCGAUUUAUCAACUGGUUUUCACACCAUCUGAGCAACUUUCAGUUCAGAUGGAGCUGGGAUGACUGGGCUGACUGCUUGGCUCAGGACGCUGAGAAGCCCAAGCCGAAGUUUGUCAGAGAAGUGUUGGAAAAGAGCAUGAGACUGUCCUAUCACCAGCGAAUAGUGGACAUUGUGCCACCCACUUUCUCAGCACUGAUUCCAGCCAACCCCAUAUUCACCUUCAAAUAUGGCGAAGAAAACAGUUCCCUCCCGGGCUACGCUGUGUCUAUCACGGUCAGUAACGCCAUCAAAAACCGCGCGAGCAACGAGGAGAUCUUGACCAUCCUGAAGGACGUGCCCAACCCGAAUCAGGAGGAGGACGACGAUGGAGGAGACAGCUUCAACCCGCUCAAGAUCGAGGUGUUCUUGCAGUCUCUGCUCAACCUGGCGUCAAAGUCCUUCAGCCAUUCCUUCAGCGCCUUGGCAAAGUUUCACGAGGUGCUGAAGAACCUGACGGACUGCGACGAAGGCAAGCUGCACAUCCUCCGCGUGGUCUACGGAGUGUGGAGGGCCCACCCACAGAUGAUUGCAGUGCUGGUGGACAAAAUGAUUCGAACACAGAUCGUGGAUUGUGCUGCAGUUGCAAACUGGCUCUUCUCUCCAGACAUGGCCCAUGACUUCACCAGGCUGUAUGUGUGGGAGAUUCUGCACUCUACCAUCCGGAAGAUGAACAAGCACGUGCAGAAGAUCCAGAAGGAGCUGGAGGAGUCCAAGGAGAAGCUGGAGAAACUGCAGCUGAAGAGGAAGGACAGCGGGGAUGAGGAGGACAUGGAAAAGAACAGUGACGAGGAGGACAGCCAGCUGGAGGAGCAGAUUGAGCGUCUGCAGGAGAAGGUGGAGUCCGCCCAGAGCGAGCAGAAGAACCUCUUCCUCGUCAUCUUCCAGCGGUUCAUCAUGCUGCUGACGGAACACCUGGUCCGCUGUGAGACCGGCAGCGUGGACUUCAACACGCCCUGGUACAAGAACUGCAUCGAGCGGCUGCAGCAGAUCUUCCUCAUGCAUUAUGUGAUCAUCCAGCAGUACAUGGGCACCCUGGAGAACCUGCUGUUCACAGCCGAGCUGGACCACCACAUCCUGGCCGUGUACCAGCAGUUCUGCGCCUUGCAGCUGUGAGCUGCCCCCACCAGAUGGCGACAUAGAGCCCAGACAUGCCCACACAGCAAGGACUCCACAUUUCUUGCAUCAAGAUGGUUUUUU